AUGCCGAAAUAUCCCGAGGAGCCGAGAAACGUGUGUGUCCCGCCUCCAGGCCGGUGGGUUUGGAAUGAUGAAGCUCGAACUGUGGAGUUUUCCAGCUCUGGUCCAGCAGAGGAGGGUAUUUUGAGGACGAGGAGGCACACCGAUGUCAGUUUCAACGAGCUUCAGCAGCGGUCAGAGUGGUUGGCUGAGAUAUGCACGUCGAACCAUAGAGGGCGCCAAAGCACUAGAAAAAGCCUGAGCCCUGCUCAUCUGAACGCAUACAGGUCCUCGGUGAUGAAGAGGCCAGGUGACAGCAUCACCACCGAUGACGUUAAACAGGUGGCUGUCAGUCUGCUGCAGGAGAAUUAUUCGCUUCCCAUACCGUUCUGCUUCUUGGCUUUGCUGAAGAGUAAAGAGCUUGAUGAAGUCCUGACCGCCCUUCUCCUUUACCUGUCUUGUUUCUUUGAACACAAGUCUCUGGAGAAUAAACCAAAGCUUUUAAUGGUUGUAGACAUCAUCACAGAGCACCGGAUGAUGGCGGAGGCUUUGGCCAAAAAGGAGAUAGCUCAAAAGAAGCUGGCUGUCUGCUACUUCAGCCUCAUCAUGGACCUGAAGAUAGAACAGCACCAACACACAUAUCAUAAGGGUCGGAUGUCAUCAAACAGUACAGAAUGGCUGCUGCAUGCGUGCUUGUACAGCUUCUUCUGCUAUGUGGCCUGGGUGACGUUUGAGAGGAAGGACCUGCGGGACAUCCAAGAGGAGGUGGGUCGCCUUUUGUACUCCGACACCUUCAACACGGCAUUGAGGAGCAGGACUGAUGGGGACUCAGGAAUGACCUUCGCUACCGUUAAUGGUUCAGUGAUGACGGGAGAAGCCGACCCCAAGGAGACGGGAUGUAACGGCACCUUCAGGCACAGAGCGUCCCAGAAGCGCCCGUCCCUCAGCAGUAUAGUUAAUCAGCGAUCCCCACUGAUGGUGUCUCUGCUGCCCUCGCCCAAAGAACGGUCACCCCAUCUGUUCCGCGGCGGCCGGGCCAGGAGACAGAGCCCGCUGCAGGCCGAGCUCUGCGACACCGAGGCCCUGAUGGAGGAGCUCAACCAACAGCUGGCCAGUGUCAGCUUUGGGAUUCUUGGCAAGCCAUUGAGACAGUUCUGCCGCAGUACUCUGAUACCCUAUGGAGAACAGAAAAGCAACAGAGAAGAUGAUGACGACCGUGAACCAGGGAGCGAUGUUAAGAACAACAGUGAGGGUCAUCCUGGCUUCUGUGGUUGA